UUUUGUUCGGUCGGUCUGUUGAGUGUUGAUUCGCUUAAGGGAUAAUCAGAGCUUUUCUUUCGACAUUUCAACCGUUUUCUUCCUCAAUUUGCGUUCGAAAACCAUAGAUCCAAAGUGAUAUCUGGAAACAUCUGAGGAACCUCGAAGCGAAAUCGAGAACGAAAUCGAUUGAUCGAUGAAUCCUAGAAGGGAGCCUCGUGGUGGAAGAAGUGCACUCUUUGAUGGCAUUGAAGAGGGAGGAAUCAGAGCUGCUUCUUCUUACUCUCAUGAAAUCAAUGAACAUGAAAACGAGCGUGCCUUGGAAGGAUUGCAAGACAGAGUCAUUCUCUUGAAACGACUAUCUGGCGAUAUAAACGAAGAGGUCGAUACUCAUAACCGCAUGCUUGACAGAAUGGGCAACGAUAUGGAUUCGUCGAGGGGAAUUCUCUCAGGAACGAUGGACCGGUUUAAAACGGUGUUUGAGACAAAAUCAAGCCGACGAAUGCUGACACUCGUGGCAUCAUUCGUGGGUUUAUUUCUAGUUAUUUACUAUCUUACUCGUUAAAAUUGGCAAGCCGGAGUAUUCUGAACAAUCUAUCCAUGAUCUUAUGAUAUUUUCAUUCCUACAAUCUUAUUAUCACUGUCAGUGUAAUGAAUGAUAUGACUCUAGUGUUAUAGUGUGAUCCAGUGCUUAAGAUAAAAGACAAAAAUUCAAAAUAUUCAUGUGAUGGAUUUUAUAGAUC